CCUCCGACGUUCAAUAAUUAGCAAACCGCUACAAGAAGAGCAUUUCCAUUCGCUUUGCUAACGGCCCGUCCAAGCCAACGAGAUGUCUGCAUACGCGCAUCACCAUCAUCAUCACCACGGCCACAAAGGCACUGGGGCAUCCGCUUCAAGCCAUAAUCACGAGUACUUCAACAAGUUGGCUGCUGAGUAUGAUGAGAGGCAUGGGAAAACACUCGACAGGUUGAUCGAGGAGAUCCGCGCGAGGCUCGACUUCAUUGGCGUGGCCUGGGUUGACGACGACGACGACAACAACAACGGCGAUGGUAGUGCCGUAGAUGAUGCUACCACAAGGGCCAAGAAAAGCGAGGGAACCCUCGAAAAGACGGUGAGGCUGCUGGAUUACGCCUGCGGCACUGGUGUUGUAUCGAGGGCGUUGGCCCCAUAUACCACACAGUGUGUUGGGAUCGAUCUAUCAGAGAACAUGGUUGCCGCUUAUAACACUCGUGCGGAGAACCAAGGUCUGACCCCUUCUGAGAUGCACGCCUACCAUGGCAACCUCUGCGUGCCCGAGGACCCCAACCCGCCCGCGUUCGCCUCGCCCGAGUUCACCAACUUCGACGUUGCCGCCGUCGGCUUGGGGUUCCACCACUUCGACGACCCGGCUCUUGCCGCUCGAAGGCUGGCGGAGCGGCUUAAGACGGGCGGCGUGCUGAUGAUCUUGGACUUUCUGCCGCACGAAAAGCUCGAUGCCUCGCACCCCGCCACGCAAACCAUAACUCACCACGGCUUCACCGAGGAGCAUAUCAGGCGCAUCUACGAGGAGGCGGGCGUGGGCAAGGACUUUGCACUGCAGGAGCUGGCGGCCGUGUUCCACCUUUCAAAGGAGAAUGGCGAGGAGGUGAAGAGAAAGAUAUUCAUCGCCCGCGGUACCAAGGCCUGACUGGGGUGUGCGCUGUCAUCCCCCGAGAAGGAUGGGAAUCAUCGCCGUGGGAUUCCAGGCAAAACUGAUCGGGGAGACAGCCCUUUUUCGUUUGGGAGAACAGGCGGGUUAUUAUAUGGCCACCUUCCAGCAAUGCUGGCAGAAGCCCAGCGGCACAAUCCAGGUCGCGAAUUGGAAAGAUAGAAGGGAGAAAUGUACAAACGCAGACAAUGUAUGUGUCAAAUCAUGCCUCUGACGGGUUAGGAUAUUGUCCAUGGCUCUAUUCCUUCGUGUAUACUGCCGCUACUAUACUAUGCUAGGAGUUCGAGACAUAGUUAGCGGGUAUGUAGGCACAUACGGAUACGGAUAGUUCAGCUCAACUAACCAUUAGUUCUUUCUCC